GUUUUAUUACAAAGUUAAGCUUAACUUUGAUAACAGCACAAAUCAUGAUUAUCUUUGUACUGUGCGCUUUCCUGCAUUAUGGAUUGACGUUCCCUAGCGGCGAAAAUACACAAGCAGCGCAAGAAACCAACCCUGAAACUUCACAAAACUCUACCAGUCAUGAGCUCUACAAGCGUGACAAAGACUGCCCAAUGCCAUCUGACCUGCCAGAGAGACUGGACCAGCUAAACCCAGAGUUGAACCUCAGUCAGAUAGUGGCUAGCACUAAACAGGAAGCUCUUUACCCCCACGAGUUCAAGAACCUCAAGUGCCCUACUGGAUAUGGCGGCUGGUGGCCGAUAUUCACUAGCUAUCAUAACUUGGAGUCCAUGUGUCCUUGGGAGCAUGUUGUGCGUGAACUGGGUGACGAGUACUACCCUUCCAAAAUCUACGAGGCCCAAUGCCUAUGCGCCCACUGUAUCCACGCCAACGCUAACAGCUGCUACAAAGUGCGAGCGCCUCUGUUGGUCUUCAAGCGUCUACGGUGUAACCACGGCGUGGCGAUUAUGGAGAAGGAUGAAGUGAUGUACACCACUGGGUGCCAGUGCAUCAGCAACUACGUCCACAACAGUGACGUCCCUGUUACAGAGUAGCCACACUACGUGGACUCACAGGGCGCGUACCAGAUCUGUUUAUGUGCAGACCACAAAAGGAAUAAAGCCAAAUUUUCAUUUCUAGUUAA